AUGGAAAUCGCCACCGUCAAAGCCCAGAACGGUAAAAUUUCGUUUCCGUAUAUCCCUGUUGCAGUUUUCAUCGGAGGGACUAGCGGUAUAGGUCGAGCGACCGCAGAGGCGUUAGCUCGUUAUACCAAUGGCAACGCCAACAUCAUCAUCGUUGGUCGCAAUCGUGCUGCCGCAGACUCCAUUAUCGCGUCCUUCCCUCGUCCAAGCUUUCCUUCUGUCAAACACGAAUUCAUCCAAUGCGACGUUACUCUUCUCAAGAACGUCCGUCAGGCGACAAACGAAAUUCUCUCCCGUCACUCUAAAAUCAAUGUUCUCGUGAUAUCUACCGGAGAAAUGGAGUUAUUCAACAGAGAAAUCACAGAGGAUGGUUUAGAUCGUAUCGUGGUGUUGGCCUACCACUCCCGCUGGAAAUUCAUCCAUGGUUUUAUGCCGGCUUUGGCGAAAGCCAAAGAAGCCAACGAGGACGUGAAAGUAUUGUCUGUGGCAUCGGCAGGGUUAGGUGGAAAGGUCGACCUUGAGGACCUGGAACUGAAGAAAGUAUCCCUCAUUCCUUUCUUACGGUCUAUUUCUACUUACAACGACCUCAUGGUGGAAGGUUUUGCUUUACACUUUCCCUCGAUCACUUUCAUACAUUGCAGCCCUGGGAGGGUUCGUACUCCUCUAGGAUCGAAUUCUUCCUCAAUACUCUUCCGAACGCUGUCUUUCCUCAUCAACUCCCCGUUUAGUCCUUGGUACUAUUAUUCAUUGGCACCCGAAGAUGCUGGGGAGUAUCAACUGUAUGGGAUGCUUUACACUGCUUCGACGCCAGGAGCUUGGAGAAUAACACAGGAUGGAAGUGAUCUGGGAAAGAAGGGCUACAAUGGUGAUGAGAACGCAAGGGAUGUACUGUGGAGGUAUACCUUAGAAGUUACAAGCACAAAGUGA